GGCCGUCCCAUGUCCCGCAAGGCCAGCGACAAUGUGGAGUACACGCUGCGGAGCCUGAGCAACCUGAUGGGCGAGAAGCGGCGGCGGCAGGCGGAGGGGUCCGCCGGCUCGGGCGCGGCGGGCGAGCGGAGCCUGAUCGCCGCCGAGUCGUGCUCCAGCCUCAACAGCGCGGCGUCGGGCGGCGAGCUGGAGCGGGCGGCGCGGCGGCAGUUCCAGCAGGACGAGACCCCCGGCUUCGUCUACGUGGUGUCGGUCUUCUCCGCCCUGGGGGGCUUCCUCUUCGGCUACGACACCGGCGUGGUGUCGGGGGCCCUGCUCCUCCUCAAGAGGGAGCUCAACCUGGACGCGCUCUGGCAGGAGCUGCUCGUCUCCAGCACCGUGGGCGCCGCCGCCCUCUCCGCCCUGGCCGGCGGCGUCCUCAACGGGCUGUGCGGCCGGCGGCCCUGCAUCCUGCUGGCCAGCGGCCUCUUCACGGCGGGGGCCGGCGUGCUGGCUGCCGCCCGCGACAAGGAGACCCUGCUGGGGGGACGCGUGGUGGUGGGGCUGGGCAUCGGUGUAGCAUCUAUGACUGUGCCAGUGUACAUCGCAGAGGUUGCUCCACCACACUUAAGAGGCAGAUUAGUCACCAUUAACACUCUGUUCAUCACUGGAGGGCAGUUUUUUGCAAGCGUUGUUGAUGGAAUCUUCAGCUACCUCGCAAAGGAUGGAUGGAGGUACAUGCUGGGCCUGUCAGCUGUUCCAGCAGUUAUACAGUUUCUUGGAUUCCUGUUUCUUCCUGAAAGUCCCCGCUGGCUCAUUCAGAAAGGCCAGACUCAGAGAGCACGGAGAAUUCUGUCUCAAAUGCGUGGCAACCAGGCAAUCGAUGAGGAGUAUGACAGUAUCAAAAACAACAUUGAAGAAGAAGAAAAAGAAGUUGGAGCAGCUGGACCUGUGAUCUGCAGAAUGCUAACAUACCCUCCAACUCGAAGAGCCUUAAUUGUGGGUUGUGGUCUGCAGAUGUUUCAACAGCUGUCAGGGAUUAACACCGUCAUGUAUUACAGUGCUACCAUUCUGCAGAUGUCAGGAGUUGAAGAUGACAGACUGGCCAUCUGGCUGGCUGCACUGACAGCAUUUAUCAACUUCAUUUUUACUCUGGUGGGAGUGUGGCUCGUUGAAAGAAUGGGUCGCCGGAAACUUACACUUGGUAGCCUAGCAGGUACUGCUGUAGCACUCAUUAUCCUAGCUUCGGGAUUUUUGCUAUCAGCUCAGGUCUCGCCAAGAAUCACACUUAAUCCACCAGAUCCUUCACAUCAAAACUCUACCUGCACAAAAUACAGUUACUGUAAUGGAUGUAUGUUAGAUCCAGACUGUGGUCUCUGCUACAAACUUAGUAACUCGAGUGUUGUUGAGUCAUCAUGUAUUCCUGUUGAUAAAGAUUCUACAAUGAAAGCUGCAUGGGGCAGAUGUUCAAAUGAAACAGUAUUCAAAAAGGAGGAUUUGUUCUGGGCAUACAAUUUCUGCCCCACUCCGUACUCUUGGACAGCACUUCUGGGCCUUAUUUUAUACUUGGUUUUCUUUGCACCUGGAAUGGGUCCUAUGCCCUGGACUGUCAAUUCUGAAAUUUACCCCCUUUGGGCUAGAAGUACAGGAAACGCGUGUUCUUCUGGAGUCAACUGGGUUUUCAAUGUGCUCGUGUCACUGACAUUUCUGCAUACAGCAGAAUAUCUGACCUACUAUGGAGCCUUCUUCCUCUACGCGGGGUUUGCUGGCUUGGGACUGGUUUUCAUCUAUGGCUGCCUUCCUGAGACCAAAGGGAAGAAACUAGAGGAAAUUGAGUCUCUGUUUGAAAGCAGGCUAUGUACAUGUGGUAUGUCAGAUUCUGAUGAAGGGAGGUAUAUCGAGUAUAUUCGGGUGAAGGGAAGCAAUUACCAUCUUUCUGACAAUGAUGCUUCUGAUGUGGAAUAAUUUUCAGCUGCUGAUGUAUUUAAUCAUGUAAAAGCCUUCUGGGGGGAAAAGCAGCUCUCUGAUGACCUCACUACCCUGCUUCUGGUCUGGUUCUCCUUUCUACUGUCUAGUUAAAAAUGCCUUCAUGUUCAAAAAAUACUCUGUCUUGGGAGGAAAUUCAAUAUUCUAGUGUUUUCUUGAGAACUAAAAGCAAUGGCUUCCAAAAGAGAUUGUAUUCCACGAUUAUGUGAAUUCACCAAGCAUGCACGACCAAGGUAUUUAGUAGGGUGCACUAUGCCAGAUGAAUACAGAAGGUUAUCCUAGAUGGUCAGUGGUUGUCCUUAUCUUCAGUACUGACAAAAGAUAAAAUAAUAUAAUAGCUAAUCAGAAAGCAGCUGACAUCUGUCAGAUCCCCAUUCCAUAGCAGCCUAGCAGAUAGCUCUGCUGUGCAGUACAGCCAAUGCAUAAGCUGCUGUAAGGGUAGCCAUUUAGAGGGUUUAACUGAUUAGUAAAAUACAAAGGUCGGCUAUAUCUGUCAGAGGGAAUAUUUCCCAGAUUUACCCUAAGAGAAUUUCCAUUUUUAUUUAUUUGAGAUAACAAGUAGAGAGCCACGGCCACCUGGGUGGAGGUUCCCUAGGGUGCUGUGGGUCUGUGUUACAGCAGGUUGUCCAGACACUGCUGCUCUGCACUUCACACUAUGGUUGGGAGUUGGUGUUUGUGAGAGAAACUGCCAGAUUUAACUGUCUGACAGCAGGACAGCAGAAGAUGUACAAAUGAGCUGGUACAUGUUCCUAGGUACAACGUAGAGGCUUCCGUUAGUUGGAAAAAAUUAUUUUUGUUUUCUUUGUUUUGCUAAGAAUAUCUGGGUCCUUGCCUAGUUUUGAAAACAAAAUAUCAUGAGCUAAAAGAAAGAAAAGGAGGGGAGAGGUUUUGUGCUGCUAAAUGCACAGUGGUCAUCCAGCACUUUUUGCUUGCAAAUAAUCAUAUUGCCUUCAGUUUAUCUUCAGUUGUGCAGAGUAAAUGAAUCCUAACACAUUUUUCCUUCAAAUGCUUUUAGUCAACCGGUGUCUUGCUGGAUCUAAAGGGAAAUAUUAGCAAUGGGCAGAAGCCUUCAUGUCAUAUAAAUUGCCUUACUGAAGCAUUGCAAACUUGUCAAGAAAAUGUCAGGCACAGAAAUCGACUUGGCUGCCUUUAGCCUGGUAAUGAACAUGUGAAUGGUGUUUUAUUCACCCGCCAUGCUCGCUUGCCUUGGCAAAUUGAAUUUUAUGCAGCUACAUAAAAAUAUUAUGGUGGGGUUUUUUUUCCAUGCCCUUUCCUCACUGCUUUAAUUCUUCAAAGAUGUGAGUUUGAAACCAUCAACAAUUCAAAUUCUUAUCUUUGAAACAUUUACUUCAUGAAAGAAUGUGGAAAAUCUCCUCUGCCUGUGGGCUGCCCCCCAUUCUUUGGUAAAAAUACAGUUAUUUUUCUUUGUGUAAAGAUUAAAGAAGUUGUUAGGUCUAUUAGCUUUUAUAAAUUUGCUUUGUGGGCUUUUCUUGGGUUGAAAAAUAUGUUGAAUGUAGAAUUACUAUCAAAACUGAGACUGGAAAUUUGUUACUAAAUUAUUUUUAUUGGAUAACGUGGGGUUUUGUUGUUGUAAAGAAAAUUGUCAUUAUGUUACCUGAUCUCCUAAAGGGGGAGACUGAACUUCAGCAAUUGGGUGUAUUUUAUGUUAUUUUCUUUUUUACUUCAUUAAUCAAAGAAGUAUUUGUGAAAAGAAAACAUUUGGAAGCAUCUUUCUGUGACUUGACUGGGACUAAAGGGGGAAACCAUAGCUGGCAGAGGGAAUUUUAAAUGGUGAGAGGGCUGGAUUCUCACUCCUUCCAUUUCACCUCCCCUUUAAGCGCACAAUGUUUCUAUGCUUAAAAGCACCAGCUGUUGAAAAUGCUCAAGUCUCCAGGCCUAUCUUCCAGUGCACCUGCCAUGGGAUGUCUCUGUUAGGCUGUCACCUCUUUGAAACCUUUACUGAAGGUGCAGUACCUGAAAUGAGAAAAAGGGUUACUUGGCACAGAUGAGAACAAACUAGUUCUAAGGCCAAAUUGGUUUCUUCCUGAAACUGGAAAAUGAAUGUUUGAAGACGCUUGUUUGGAACAGUUUUGUCAUGCAGAACAGCAUGUGAAUAGGUGUGUCACACCCAGCCUGUGCUCAUGUGAUCUGCUACACAGAGAAAGGCUUCAGUAAGUGUUUACUGGCUUUUCAGAAUAGGGGCUCACGGCUCUGACCCCCCUUAGGAAUGUUCCCUUGCUUAGCACCUUCUGCAGGAGCAGGGUGCAGGCCAGGGAGGGUGUCCCCGUGCCAGCACCAUCUCAGUGCUGACCCUGCUCUUCCUUGCACUUGUGUCCAUCCACAGGGAGAGGAAACCACUGCACUUACUGGGCAUGAUCAAAGCAAAGUCACUGGAAAGGUCACUGUCACAAGAUCAGCCUCUUUUGUUUUGCAGGCAGUGCUGGGGCUUUUUAGCAGCAGAAGACCAUCUUUCUCUGCCAGCCUUGUUUCACGGAUGUUCUCAAGGGGUGCUCGGUUGCUCACAGCACUGGGCUCAUUUUCUCAUGCAACAAGUUUGAUCUUACUGGAAGCAGUUUUCUGAAGGUUUGCAUCCCAUGCCCUUUUUCUUGAGGCAAAAUAAUUGAAACAACUGCAUUUUAUUCGUCAUUGCUACUGGCUAUGAUGGUGCAUUGGCUUCUUUAUUGUCACUUCCCCUUUCCCUCCCUCAAAGAGCUGGGUUUAAGUCUUCCUUUUAGGGUUGCUUUACCCCAGGACAACAUUCCAUAUCUUCAAAACACUGAACCCAGUACCAAGCAUCACAUGUAAUAAAAAUGAGAUCAAAUGCUUGAAAUUAAUCUUACACAAUUAGGGUUUUAUUUUUAGAAUCUGUGAAAAUGUAUAAUGUAUGAAGAAAAUUAAACAAAAUAUUUCUAUUUUGCAAAGGUUUUUUAUAUUUGUUCAUAUUUUAAGUUUUAAGAGAUUUUUGCUAAAGGUGGACUUAGUAACAUUCCAGAUAAAAGAAUAAGAAAAAAGUGUAGCUGAAUAGUUUCUUAUGACAGGAUUUUAAUUUAUGAAGUAGCAUAAAUGGUAUGUCUAAGCACAAUAUUGUUUUAUUGAAAGCUUUUCUGCAGAAGAUGUGAAAUUGUUUCUUCACAAGGACUGCACACUUAAUUCAGGUAUUCUGUGCAUCAGGAAUGCUAGAGUAAUACUGCUGGUAGACUUGGGCAUAUUGGUGAUACACAACAAUUUGAGAUAUUUUAAUUCUGAUUAAUCUACUGACUCUAUAUGUUUUGGCCUAAGAGCAAGUAUAAAAGAAAUAAAUCCUGAUGCAUUUUUCAUCUUUUUAAAUUUGAUUCACAUACAGUAGUUUGUUCACCAUGGUGCAAAUCUAAAGUGUUGGGUGGACUGAGAUAAUUUGCCACUUGUUUCUUUUUCUGGUCAGUGAUCAAAAAUCAGUUUUUAACAAGAGAAGCAAACCUGUUUUGAAGAUAGAAAUGAAGCAAGGCCCCAGGACUCAUUUGAGGGCACUGAAGUUGCAUUGCCUGAGAUCACGCUCAUAGAUACUGCUACCUAGUGAGUUGCAGUGACAGCUGUGUCAGAAAUGUUGGGAUGCAUUCCAAGGAGUAUUGUCCCAGUGCCAAUUUAUUUUUGCGUGAGUUGGAAAAUGCUGCAUUUCACUGCUGUAGGAGAUAGGGUUGGGAGGGGAGAAGGAGGAAACUGUGCAUCAAAAGCCCCACAGAGUCAUGUUUCAGUAGAGAUGGGUGUCAUAGCCAAAAGGAGCCAUCUCUGACUUCUCUUCCGUGAGGGAGAAGGUGGGAUGAAGGGACUGUGCUUGUUCCUGUUGGUGGGAAUGGGGGUGAAGAAGCACACAAGUGUUCCUCUCCUGUGCCCAUGCGGAGGUGAGAACAUGUCAAUGGAGUUUGCAAAGCUACUGUUUUUUUCCUUGGAGAAAUCUCUUUUGCCCUCCUUAGUCACUCAGGGUGAACACUGGGGAGUAGUUUUGACUUUCAGGACCUUCUACAGGCCCUGAGUGAUGGCCUUUGCUUUGGCCAUGAGGAUGUUUGGUGCAGUCCCACAGGCAAUGGACUAAUUAAAGGUAGACCCUGCACUUCUCAGCUUUAUACCCAACUUCCUACUUCUCAACAUCAACAGUAUUAUAACAUGGUCUUGACAUUUUACUUGUACUUGUGUAAGAGGCUUUCUUAGCUGAAAAUCACUAAGUGAGAAAGGCAGAGUCUUCAUAUCAUAGAGACAUCUUGGGGUAAAAAUCAAGGCAGAAGAGACAGUUCUGCAAAGCACUUUAAAGAGUAGGAUACUUGUGCACUUUUAUUCUGAGAGAAUCAAGCUGACCAAGCCCAUUCCUCUGCAUUGGGAAGAAAAUCCAGCUCAGUGUACCAGGCCAGAAGCAGAUAAUGCCACAAUACGUGCUUUAUGGCAACAUGUGUCUUUAUUGCGGGUAACAUUUACAGCUUACAUGUAGCUGCUGCCUAUCAAGUGACUCAAUUGUUCUCUGGAUUUUAACAAGUCACAUUUUUGUGCAAGAAUCUUAGCGGUUUUCUAUGGAUCUUCAUCGCCUUGUGUACAGUACAGUUAAGCAUAAUCCACAAAGUGAUCUAGGUUGUGGCAGUGUUACAAAUGUCAGCACAGUAAAAUCUAGGUGAACAUUGUUAAAGAAAUAUUGUUGUUUGUGAUACUGGAGGUAAAAACUCCUUAAAGGGACCUAUCUAUAGAUUUUAAAAGACUGAAAAAAAUGGCAGUUCUUAUCUAUUUUGUGUAUGUUUUCAUAUAGAGAAGGAGGUUUUUAUGUGCCAAUAACCAUCUCUGUAGUGUUUUGUAGCUGGGUGUUACUGGUGUUCCAGAGUUCUGUAUAUGGGAAUAUACUUUAGCCACAAUGACCUGUUGUUGUGAACCAGCAGCAUGUUUUUAAUCUUACUCACACCUCUCAUCAGAGGUGCUUGCUCAUCGGCUUCAGUAGAGCUCACUCACGCCAGGGGAAGUUUGACCAGCAUCAGGCCUCAAGAAUACAGAGUUUAUCUAAAUCCCUGCUCUUUCACAUCGUCCCUAGACAGUAUGUUACAUGUGAAUGAUCUGGCACGUGUAAUUAUAAAGCUUCAACUCUGAUUCAGUCGCAGUCCUCGAUUCUGUGGAGUUGCAGUUUGUAAAAGUUUGGGUUGGUUCUUCAUCCCAUUUAUAUAAAUAAGGGAUGCACUGAUUAAUUAUGAAUAAUAUCCACCUGUUUCUGAAGGAAACAUCAGUUUCUGAAGUGUUAAAAUAAAGGCAAAUUUCUCUUGUUGCCUUAAACAUUACACAGACUUUAGAGAGGACUGAAUGUAUGACCAUCACAUGACUUCUGCAGGAGGAACUUCGUGGAUCCUGAGCAGGUGUGAAACAGGGUGGUUUUGUGGUGCUGGGAUGCUGCGUGACGCCGCAGGCCCACCUGCCGUCCAUUCAAUUUUAACUCAAGUAGACCCCAUGAAUUCAAUAGGAUUGUUCAUAUGCUUGAUCUUCUCCAUGUGCUCAGUGUCCUGCUGGUCCAGGGCAUGGCUGGGAAGUGGCACAAGUCACAUCUCCACUUUCCAUUGGGCAUCUCGCAGCCCUACAAAAGCGUUGACUGGAUCUUUUAGUGACAAAUUCUAUGUAGAAUAUUCAAGACAUUAUUGGAGACCAAAUUGAUAGUCAUGCUUCCAUGUGGAACAGCAACAUGCACAUGACACCAUCAGGCACGCUGUAACCCCUGGGCGUGUGUUACAGUAUUCAGUACAGAACAGGUUUUGGCAAAACUCAUUGUCAGGUUGUCCAAGUUAUUUCUUAACCACGUCAAACAUGUGCCAUUUCCUUUCGCAACCAGUCAAGCCUAUAAUGUAUGAAAGUGUUGUACAUUUUCUGAAACUUACGUGAUGUAAAAUUAUUUAAUUGACUUCUGUUCUGAUUGCUUUAAUGAAGUUUGGUCUUUACAUACAAAUGAAUAUCUUCAAAGAAUUGUCAGUGCCAGAAGUGUAAAUGAACAAAAUAAAAGGUGAGAUACU